CUGCCUGGGAACGGUUACCUCGCCGGCUGCUCCUCGCAUCUCUUUGGGGGAAAAAAACAAAAAAACAAACUCCGUUUUGAUCAGAAGGCGGCUAGAGACCAUUUUUAUCUGAGCAACCGGGGGGGAAGAAGAGAAGAGAAAGCGUCGCAGGGCUACCGGGAUAUACAGGCGCACCCCCCCCUUCCCCCUGGUAAAUACCACAUAUACAAAGACGACCAUUUGACAUCCACCCUGAGCGGCAGCUAUGGGGUGUUUGGGCAACAGCAAAACGGAGGAUCAGCGUAUCGAUGAGAAAGCGCAGCGAGAAGCCAACAAAAAAAUAGAGAAGCAGUUGCAGAAAGAGAGGCUGGCUUAUAAAGCGACACAUCGCUUGCUCCUGCUGGGGGCCGGUGAGUCAGGAAAAAGCACUAUCGUGAAACAAAUGCGAAUCCUGCAUGUCAAUGGAUUUAAUUCAGAAGAAAAGAAACAGAAAAUACUGGAUAUUCGGAAAAAUGUUAAAGAUGCGAUUGUGACUAUAGUUUCAGCUAUGAGCACUUUAAUACCCCCAGUUCCGUUGGCCAAUCCAGAAAACCAAUUCCGAAUGGACUACAUCAAGAGUAUAGCUCCUCUCUCUGACUUCGACUAUACACAGGAGUUCUUUGAACAUGCCAAAAAGCUCUGGGACGACGAAGGCGUAAAGGCGUGUUUCGAGAGGUCAAACGAAUACCAGCUCAUCGACUGUGCACAGUACUUUUUAGAACGAAUCGACAGCGUCAGCAUGGAUGACUACACACCUACAGAUCAGGACCUAUUACGAUGCAGAGUUUUGACAUCAGGGAUAUUUGAAACAAGAUUUCAAGUAGAUAAAGUAAAUUUCCACAUGUUUGAUGUAGGUGGCCAGAGAGAUGAGAGGAGAAAAUGGAUCCAAUGCUUUAAUGAUGUCACGGCUAUAAUCUUCGUUGUGGCUUGCAGCAGCUACAACAUGGUAAUAAGGGAAGACAAUAACACAAAUAGACUACGAGAAUCCCUGGACCUUUUCAAAAGUAUCUGGAAUAACAGGUGGUUGCGGACCAUUUCUAUCAUUUUGUUCUUGAAUAAACAAGACAUGCUAGCUGAAAAAGUCUUGGCAGGGAAAUCAAAAAUUGAAGAUUACUUUCCCGAAUAUGCGCAUUAUACUGUACCUGAGGAUGCAACACCAGAUGCAGGAGAAGACCCCAAAGUCACAAGAGCCAAGUUCUUCAUCCGGGAUGAGUUUUUACGGAUAAGCACGGCGAGCGGCGACGGCCGGCACUACUGCUACCCGCACUUCACCUGUGCCGUGGACACAGAAAACAUCCGCAGGGUGUUCAACGACUGUCGGGACAUCAUCCAGCGAAUGCACCUUCGCCAGUACGAACUCUUGUGAGGGGGAUCACCGUGGAACCUGUGGUUUUAAAUUCUUUGCUCCUUACUCUUUCUCUUGAUACUACCCCACACAGGGUGGAAGAAUAUGCUCUAGAAAUGUCAGUCUCCUCACUUUGUUUACUUUAAUUAUUUAACCUUAAAGCUGAUUUGAAGCAAGUCUGGGUUCCUUUCCUUCAUGCUUCCUGGGACUGUUUUUGUGCUUUAUUUUGACAUGCCACUUCUUCGUCAUUCCACUAAGCCCUUUGGCUACCUCUGUUCCCUUAGGUUUCGUUUUUUUAGCUGAACAUAACCCGCUAAAUUUUUUCCAGCGGGUUGAUGUUCGUGCAAACUGGUAUGUCAGCCGGAUGACRCUGCGGUCAUUCCUAUCCCUCUGUGUGGGUUUCCUUUUUAACAUGACAUUGAAGAGUACUUGAUGGGUGAAAAAGAUUAAUGCACUUUGUAUCAGGUUAUUAAAUACUGUUGAGGAAGUAGACACACAAUGUAGCAGCACCACAAUAUUUAUUACUCUGUCACAGUUUUUAGCAUUUCUGAGUUGCAGGUCAACUGAUAAAGUGACCUCCUCUUUUACGCCGUUACUGGCACAGGAAGUAGAGUAGAAGAUGAGAGGAACGGUGAAGACGAAGCAAUUUCUCUGGGGUUUUGGAGCUAAGUGUCUGUGCACACCUCAGGCAUUUGAAUUACAGCUACUUUUCAGCCUGUUGCAUCUAGGCAGAAAACUUACCACCCUCACUUGCGUUAUUUGUGCUGUCCACAAAUGAUCCUUUUCGUUCAGAUCAUUCUUGGACAAUGGUCCUCUCCCUAUAUAUAUUUUUUUGUUUUACUGCUGGUUUAUUAUAUUGUACAGACUGUAAAAUGUAAUAUUAUUUUGUACAACUUUAUUGAAGAAAAAUACUUGUAGAAGAUCUUUGUGCCUUGAUUAUGGCUGUACCUGUAAAAUGAGCUAAGAUGUAAGUAUGUUUUUGAUUGCGCUGUACAGCUUGAUGUCAACCUUACCUGCAGCAGUGACUGAAGGUAAGAACUUUAUCUGUAGAGUUUAGGGUUUUUUUUCUGGUUUAUAUAAAGAUGCUCUUUAGUAUAAAAAUUAUAAAUUAUGCAAAUUAACCACUUACCUUUCCAAGUAAGGUAUUCCAGUCACCGGAUGUUGCAGCAAACAUGCCUUUCUCUUUUGAAAUCUCAGCUUUAAAACAUUGGAAUUCAUUCAAGUGUCCAAAUUGCAACCUGGUGUUGUUUUAAUGGGAACCAAGGAUCUUAUCUUCCCCCCCCCCCCCCCCYYUUUUUUUUUCCCCCUCCCCUUUAUAUUUAGAAAAAUAUGUUUGGUAAUUCUUUGGUCAUUCAUAGAACUUCACAAUUGCAGAGACCGAUUGUGAAUGUGUAAAGCACCAUUAUAUAGAGCUCUUCAAUCUUUGUACCAACAGCGGCUUUCAUUGUGCAAGUAAAUAGCAAGAAAGAAGAAAAAAAGAAAAAAGAAAAAAAAAAGGUGUAUAAACCCUUGUGUCUGGCCUAAGAGAAUUACAAGAUGACAUUUUUAUUUCUCUUUUAAUAAAGAGACACAUUAGAAAAUUGUUUUAUUUUAAAUAUUGUAGAAUCAAAAUGUGUGAAUAUUUCUCAAACUUGAAUAAUUUAUGCAAAUGACAUUCUCAAAACACGUUGUGGUACAGUACAAUAUAUAAAAAGCAAGAAUUGCUGUAGCAAUAAGGCAUGUCCUUUUUAGUAACUAUAACACUGCUUUAUAUUUUA